AUGCCUGCACAUUAUUCUGAAACUGUCAAGGUGGGACCAAUUUUUUUUAUGACGCUUCGUCCUUCAGCGAAAUCGGUUGUCGGGUCACUGUCUCUUCUUUCUGUUCCCGCUCAGAAAUACACACAUCUAUCUAUCUAUCUAUCUGUUUGUCUGUUCAUAUCUAUCUAUCUAUCUAUCUAUCUAUCUAUCUCUCUCUCUCUCUCUCUCUCUCUCUCUCUAUAUAUAUAUAUAUAUAUAUAUAUAUAUAUAUAUAUAUAUAUAUAUAAUUCUUUCCAUAUCUCAUUUUGUUUAUUAUCUUAUACAACCUACUUUAUCUAUCUAUCUAUCUAUCUAUCUAUCUAUCUCUCUAUAUAUAUAUAUGUAAUUCUUUUUAUAUUUCAUUUUGUUUAUUAUCUGUCUUAUACAACCUACUUUCUAUCUAUCUAUCUAUCUAUCUAUCUAUCUAUCUAUCUUAUACAACCUACUUUAUCUAUCUAUCUACCUAUCUUAUACAACCUGCUUUAUCUAUCUAUCUACCUAUCUAUCUUAUACAACCUACUUUAUCUAUCUAUCUAUCUAUCUAUCUAUCUAUCUUAUACAACCUACUUUAUCUAUCUAUCUACCGAUCUAUCUUAUACAACCUACUUUAUCUAUCUAUCUAUCUAUCUAUCUAUCUAUCUAUCUAUCUAUCUAUCUAUCUUAUACAACCUACUUUAUCUAUCUAUCUAUCUACCGAUCUAUCUUAUACAACCUACUCUAUCUAUCUAUCUAUCUAUCUAUCUAUCUAUCUAUCUAUCUAUCUAUCUUAUACAACCUACUUUAUCUAUCUAUCUACCGAUCUAUCUUAUACAACCUACUUUAUCUAUCUAUCUAUCUAUCUAUCUAUCUAUCUAUCUAUCUAUCUUAUACAACCUACUUUAUCUAUCUAUCUAUCUAUCUAUCUAUCUAUCUAUCUAUCUAUCUAUCUAUCUUAUACAGCCUACUUUAUCUAUCUAUCUAUCUAUCUAUCUAUCUAUCUAUCUAUCUAUCUAUCUAUCUAUCUUAUACAGCCUACUUUAUCUGUCUGUCUCGCUCGCUGGCUAG